UUGUUACAGAAUUCGCAGUCAUUUCAAAGUCUUCGACUAUCUUUUCUAUUUAUGUCAGUAUAUUAAACACAAGUCUAUCACCAUAAUGACAGCGGGAAUAAUAGUGGCCGGGCUCGGUUUAGCAGCACUCGGUUUCAUCGGGAAAUAUGCUCUGAAGGCUGCUCCUGCGAUGAGCCAGAAAAUGGCCGAUGCCGUCAAAUCCUUCCCGAAGAUGGAUGCACAGUCUUUUGCAGGUAGUAAGUACUAUAAAGGCGGUUUUGAUUCAAAGAUGUCGAAAAGGGAAGCCAGUUUGAUUCUAGGAAUAUCCCCUUCGGCCAACAAGCUUAAAAUCAAGGAAGCGCACAAAAGGAUCAUGGCUCUCAACCAUCCAGACCGAGGUGGUUCACCAUAUAUAGCAGCGAAGAUUAAUGAGGCAAAAGAUCACUUAGAAAGCAACAAAUAGUGCUAAGCGAUGAACAAUUAGACUGUGAUCCGCAAAAAAACGAGAUAGUCUUGUACAUAUUUUAAAUUUCUGUGAAUAUAGUCAUAUAUUUCUCUUAA